CGCUUCUUUUGGCAUAUUGUUUCUCUAGACAUCUAAUACAACUGUCAAUUUCAGCAGUCGAUGUCUCAAUCUAAUAACGAAAUCGUUACGGUUAACUCUUUUGAAGUUCAAGCUUCUCUUUGUGAUUGCCUGUUAUUCAGUUUUCGGUGCCUGGCUUUUUAUGACGCUCGAGGUACCCACUGAUCUUGCCGCCAAGGAAGAAGCAUAUCAUGCCCGCCUUAUAGCCAGGGACGUAAUGAUUCUCAAUUUGCGAGCUAUUCAUCAGAGUAACAAGGAAGACAGAGAAGAACGUUGGAAAGACGCUAUUCUUAAUUUUGAAAAUGACCUCGGGUUAGAAGAACCUGUUAGAGAUAGCGCGUGGACAUUCUGGAUGGCAUUUCUUUAUGCAGGAACUAUUUAUACAACAAUAGGUUACGGUAACAUCGCAUGUGUCACUACGGCAGGCCAAGUAGCAACAAUAAUAUACUCAAUGAUUGGUAUUCCAAUAAUGCUUCUGAUUUUGAAUGACCUGGGAGCAUUCCUACUUGUUUGGGUAACCCGAAUCGCAUGCGGAUUUAGCGAUGUAAUGCUUUUCUUAGGUAUUCGUAGCGGAAUCAGAAGAAUGGGCAAGGAUUCAAAUGAGCGGUUGAGAUACACUUUCAUAAGCAGAAAACUUGCUAAUGUUGGACUUAUAGGGGCAGUUUCUGAGUCCACUAUUGCACCAAUUGUCAAGCUUGAACGUUACGGAGGUCUCAGCAUUAGCUGGUCCUUGUGUUUUAGGGUCAGCCUUCCGUUCAAUAUGAUUCAUAUAACGUAGGU